UACAAAUUUGCACCUCCCCCAACACACCCCACCUCCCCCAAUUCCAUGUCCUUUUCCUGUGGGCGUUUGCCCCUCCCCCACGCAAUCCGACGCAGUUCCCACGAGGACUCCUUUAUAUAAAUCCCCCGAGGAGGGAGAGGGUAUAGAAGAUGCGUCGAUUCGCCACGGAACGAGCGAAAAAAUUGAUCUUUGGGUCUCUCCUCUCCCGAUCCGCCCCUUCUUCGCCUCUUUGCUCUUCUUCUUCUUCUUCUGCUGCUGCUGCUGCUGCGGCGGCGGCGAUGUCGUCGACUACCAUCACCUCUUCUCCGGUUUCUGUGGAGUCCAUUAACCCAAAGGUUUUAAAAUGCGAGUAUGCCGUCAGGGGAGAGAUUGUAAGCCAUGCUCAGCGCUUGCAAGAAGAGUUACAAACAAAGCCAGGCUCUCACCCUUUUGAUGAGAUACUCUACUGCAACAUUGGCAAUCCUCAGUCACUUGGUCAGCAGCCGAUUACAUUCUUUCGUGAGGUCCUUGCCUUAUGCGACCAUCCAUCGCUGUUGGACAAAGAUGAAACUCAUGGCUUAUUCAGCGCGGAUGCUAUAGCUAGAGCUUGGCAAAUUCUAGAUGUGAUCCCCGGUAGAGCUACGGGAGCAUACAGUCAUAGCCAGGGUAUUAAAGGCUUACGGGAUGCGAUUGCUGCUGGAAUUGCUGCCCGUGAUGGUUUUCCUGCUAACCCAGAGGAUAUUUACUUAACUGAUGGAGCAAGCCCUGCAGUUCAUAUGAUGAUGCAGUUAUUGCUGCGGUCCGAGAAUGAUGGUAUUCUCUGCCCCAUCCCUCAAUAUCCGUUGUACUCGGCCUCUAUCGCUCUUCAUGGUGGCUCUCUUGUUCCAUAUUACCUUGAUGAAGCAGCCGGAUGGGGACUGGAGACUUCUGAGUUAAAGAAACAACUGGAAGAGGCUCGAUCCAAGGGCAUCAAUGUUCGAGCAUUGGUCGUAAUAAAUCCAGGCAAUCCUACUGGGCAGGUUCUUGGUGAAGAAAAUCAGCGUGAAAUUGUUGAAUUCUGCAAGAAUGAAGGCUUGGUUCUUCUAGCAGAUGAGGUUUAUCAAGAAAAUAUCUAUGUCGAGGACAAGAAAUUCAACUCAUUCAAGAAGGUUGCUAGGUCGAUGGGAUAUGGCGAAGAAGAUUUACAUCUAGUAUCAUUUCAGUCCGUUUCUAAGGGCUAUUACGGAGAAUGUGGCAAAAGGGGAGGUUACAUGGAAGUAACUGGUUUUCGCGCUGAUGUUAGAGAGCAGAUUUACAAGGUGGCAUCUGUAAACCUAUGUUCGAACAUCUCUGGCCAGAUUCUCGCAAGCCUCGUGAUGAAUCCACCUAAGGUUGGGGAUGAAUCAUAUGAAUCUUAUGUUGCGGAGAGAGAUGGUAUUCUCUCAUCUUUAGCUCGCCGUGCGAAGGCUUUAGAAGAUGCAUUCAACAACUUAGAGGGCGUGACGUGCAACAAGGCAGAGGGAGCGAUGUAUCUCUUCCCCCGAAUCUGUCUACCGCAGAAGGCGAUCGAGGCUGCUAGAGCAGUCAAUAAAGCUCCUGAUGCCUUCUAUGCUCUCCGCCUUCUAGAAGCUACUGGAAUCGUCGUCGUGCCUGGAUCUGGCUUCGGACAGGUCCCUGGAACAUGGCAUUUCAGAUGCACGAUCCUGCCGCAGGAGGAUAAGAUCCCGGCCAUCAUCUCCCGUCUCAAGGCAUUCCAUGAGGCAUUCUUGGACGAAUUCCGCGAUUAGGGUUCGCAACUUUUUCUCGAAGAACUACUAAAGGCCAGAUCAAAUUCCUGGAGUGCUCUUCUUACAGUUCUUGUGAAACAUCAGUUGAAUCAGAAUAAGCAUAGCCAUCCAUCUGUUUUUCCCCCUUGUGAUGGAUCAUAGCAGAGAUUGUCUUAUGACUUGUAUGUUACCGAAUGCUCAUUUCUCAUUUCGUUGAUACUUAAAAAAGGCGAUUGUUUUUCAAUCGAUUGUGGUGUUUCAUGAUCUUAAAUGGUGAAAUUGUGUGAUAA